AUGAUGAUUGAGGUGGUUUGCAAUGACCGUCUGGGGAAGAAAGUCCGGGUCAAAUGUAACACCGAUGACACCAUCGGGGACUUGAAAAAACUCAUAGCGGCCCAAACUGGCACCCGGUGGACGAAGAUAGUCCUGAAAAAAUGGUACACGAUUUUUAAGGACCACGUGUCUCUGGGAGAUUAUGAAAUCCAUGAUGGGAUGAACCUGGAGCUUUAUUACCAGUAGACGGGAAUUCCUUCUC